AUGGAUUGUGUUCGUCUUACCCUGCUCGUGAUUUUCUUCAUCUCCUGUGCAUAUUCUAAAAAAGCUGCUGAAGUUCCAUUUGAUCAAAACUAUGUUGCAGCAUGGGGAGGUAAUCAUAUCACAGUUCUUGAUCAGGAAAGAGAAGUUCAGCUUCUAAUAGACCAAUCUUCAGGAUCUGGAUUUCGAUCAAAACAGUCUUUCGGUUCUGGGUUUUUUCGCAUCAGAAUGAAGAUUCCGAGCAAGAACACUAAAGGAAUUCUCACAACAUUUUUCUUAACUUCAGCUAUACCUAAUCAGCCAGCCAAAAACCAUGAUGAGCUUGAUUUUGAGUUCUUGGGCAGUGCAGGCAAGGGUUACGCAUUGAAUACAAAUGUUUUUGCCAAUGAUUUUGGAGGCAGGGAACAACAGUUCAGGCUUUGGUUCUUUGUAGAUGGAAAACCAAUCAGAGUGUUCAAGAACAACAAACGUAUUGGGGCAAACUACCUAACAAAUCCAAUGCACAUAGAAACGAGCUUAUGGAAUGCAACUUGGGCAGGAAAUGUUGAUUGGAGUCAAGAACCCUUUAUAGCUAACUAUAGAGGAUUUGAAAUUGAAGGGUGCAUAUAUGACAAUUCUAACCCCAAUAAAUGCUAUUCCCAAACCUAUUAUUGGAAUGCCGAAAAGUAUUUGCAAUUGAGUCCAACUCAGCGAAGAAUCUAUGAAGUUCUGAGAAAGAAAUAUAUGUUUUAUGACUAUUGUACUCAACAUCCAAAGAAUUAUGUAGAAUGUAGGAGUACCGAGUGA